GCGGCGUGUCUGAAGUAUGUGAGUUGUGCUCUAUGAAUGAGAUUGAGUAGACUGUUUGGACGGUAUACUCUGUCAAGCACGCUUGCAUUGGUUUGCCUUUUGGACCAGUGGAUGCUCAGCAUAUGACGCCCAACCACAUUUCAAACGCGUCAAUUCUUUUUCAGGAGCGUGUCUUCAAAGUCCAUGCCUCCGCACCACAGAGGACGAUGGGAAAUACCAAAGACCGCAUCAGUCGGAUUUUCGUGUCUAACCGGAUGUCAUGGUUCUUCCAUAUCUUCUGUAGCUUUCCAACAGCAGACCUGCCCAUCGCUAACCGUCGAUCAAUCUCCUUUUCACAGUCUCCAUCAGGUCUAAUCAUCGAACUGAGAAAGUUAAAGUUGUUCACUUCCUCCACUUCUUUGCCGUCGACAAAUAUAUGGUUGUCGUCUGCGGUGGUUUUCAUGAUUUUAGUUUUGUCGACAGAGAGAUAUAAACCGCAUUUCUCACUUUCUACUUUGAGCUUUUGAAGCAAUGUGUUCAUAUCUUGGAUGGUUUCGGCGAUGAGGGACGUGUCAUCAGCGUAUCUAAGCUCGUUUAUCAACCGCCCACCAAUAGAUACACCCAUUUCCAUGUUCGAUAACGCCUUCCUCAUUAUGUGUUCACCAUAUAAGUUGAAAAGGUGAGGGGAGAGAAUGCACCCCUGUCUUACUCCCUUUCCAAUGACAAAUUCGUCGCUUUCACCACUUUCUGCUCUGACAACUGCACACUGGUUCCGGUAGAGUUCAUGUAGGAGAUGGAUUAUGUGUUCUGGAAAGCCCAUAUCUCUCAUUAUACUUAGCAAGAGGCCGUGGUCAACACAGUCGAAGGCCUUUGCGUAGUCAAUAAAGCAAAGGUCGGAUGUCGAAAAAAGAGCCGUAACAAGAGCUGGUGAUUUGCUGCAGCAGUACUUGGGAGUUAGUCUUACCUCUCUAGACUUUCGCAUCAUAUGCAAAAAAUGCAAUUGACAAAUUCAUUCUGCACUCAAAGUGAAAGAGAAAAAGAAGCAAACAUUUGAAGAGGUUCGACUCAAAUGUUCGAAUUUCAUUAGAAGAAGUGUUAAGAGACUGGCCCUUAGUAGUCCUAAUCAAAUUGCUGAUCAGGAGCAGAAAGUUGUCAGGAAACCAGCUAAGAGACACAAGUUGAAUUUUACAGGAAAGACUGUUGAAGCAGUUGGAAAUGAAAACGAUCCUUCUGGUUCAUUAUCACUAGCUGAGGAAAUUGGCACCAAGAGAGACACAGGAGUUAUUGUAAGUAAAAGAUAAUACUGGGAACUUUGUUGCAUGCCCACAAUAUAUUGCCCAUGUCAACAUUACGGUCUGGAUGUGAUCAAACAACGACAAACAGAAUUCUUUUGAAUUUUCAAAUAACAUAGGUUGGCCAAAUAAACAGGGUUUUACUAAAUAUAAAGUUCUGCAAUUUUCUUUUUAUAGGAAAGCUGUUCGUGCUUGACAACACUGCCUGUCAGUUAUGUUUCAUGUGUUUGUAAUAUGGUAGCCAAUUAUAUACCUGCCAUAGCACAAUGCAUUUGGGUCGACAAAAAUUUGAAAGAAGAAAUACGAAACCUUUUCUUUCAAGAAAUAGAUUUGGAAUUGAAAAACUUAUGUUCAAAUUUAGAUACCAUCUUUCGGACAGAAUGUGUUGAUUCUAAAGCAAACAAAAUGACUUUGAUGCACAAGAAAAAGAACUUUUGAUCAGAUGCCCAAGUUUUGCUAGUGCUUUUAUCUAUACUGACUCCAAUAGAAGAAAAUUAAAAGACAACAAGAUUAAAACAGAUAACAACAUUAGACCAAGGAUUAUGACAACUGCUGGUAUUCUUCUUCAUUCCUGUAGUCAAAGAAUGAAUUUGCAACAAUUUCCAAUUAUUACCAGUUUUGAAUGCACAUGUCAUGCUGGCAUGCGGACGUGGUUUUAACAGCUCUUCGCCAGAAUGUAAUUCAGUCAGUGUGAGAGAUAUUUUAAUUUUUCUGUCUUUUAAUAAUAAUUAUGAUUUAGGUAGGCUAAUUAUAAGUUCGGUUUUAAUAAUUAUCAAGAAUGGCUUCUAAGGAGAACGACGAUCGCUUGGACGAAAUAAUCAAAUAAUCAAAGAAAUCUCCGCGCAACACAAUGCUGAUUUUCAGAAAUUGGACAACAGUUUGUCAAACUUUAAGAUAUUGAUGGAUUUCAUUAACAGUCAAUUUGAGAACUUCAAACACACAACAGAAAACCUUCUGAAAGCUAAUACGGAAUUAGAGAAGAAAAACGAGGAUUUAUCAAAAGAUCUGAAACAAGUAAAGAAAGAGUUGGAAGCAUCAAUAAAACAACUCAACGAUCUGGAGCAAUAUGGGAGAUGUGACUGUAUUGAAAUUAGUGGGACUCCGCAAGAGAAAAACGAAAAUGCUGAGGCCCAAAUAAUCAAGACUGGCGCAAUACUCGACAUUCCUGUAGAAUCAAAAGACAUCCAGGCCUGCCACAGAUUAGGAAAAAGACACGACACACCCAUCAUCUGCAAAUUCUUAAACAGGAAAACGGCAACCGCGUUUCUCGCAGCAAAAAAACACACAAAAAAGCCUUUCAGGGGAGAAAAACUUGGCUUCAAAGAUCACCCGGAAUGUAAGAUUUACAUGAAUGAAAGCCUCACGAAAAGAAAUAAGGAUCUGAUGUACAAUAUCAGAAUGAAGAAACAAGAAAAUAACUGGAAAUUUAUAUGGUCUAGAAACGGAACAAUGUAUGCUCGAAAAGAUGAAAAUUCCGAAUUCCUCAGAAUCAACGACGAAGAAGACAUUGGGAAAAUGGUUUAGCGGUAUUUAAUCUUCAAUCUGUUUUCAAAUUAUUACGUAUCUUUCUGUCUUUACAUAUAUAUAUUUUUCUGCUAAAAAAGCCCCUCCCUCAUGAUGGAUAGUUUCCCCUGCCCAAAAUGUGAUUUAAUUGUCUCGGAAGACCAAAACUCAAUAUUUUGCGAUGUAUGUAAAAAUUGGUUUCAUUUGAGAUGCAGUGGCCUGACACGUCAGAGAUUCGAGCACCUAGCCUCUGAUUCGUCAUCACAAUGGUUUUGUAAAGAAUGUAUCGUUAGCGCCUUGCUCUUUCAAAAAAUCAACAAUACUCAAUUUGUUAACUUAAUUUCCUCUACACGGCGACAGGAAAUGCUGUAUAUUGAAUUCAACAAACAUUCUUCUGUUUGCACUCGUCGUUUUAACAACACUGAAAAAGUGAUACCUUGCUAUAUUUGCAAACACUACAUUCAUCGGAAAUGACUUUGAAUUCAAAGCACUGGCACUGCAUGCACUGUCAAAAUAGCACAUUCCCUUUCAUACAGUGAGCAAUAACGAACUUCUGUCCGAAAACUUCAACUCCAAUAAUUCCUGCCCUUGUAAUAAUUCUAUGAAAGAUCUCACUGAUUUUGACUGUGUAAAUGUCAUUUCAGAACUAAAUUUAAAUGAACUCGACCUUAACCACUUUCAACCUAAUUCUAAUAACGACAUUGAUCAUAAUUUGAAUCUCAACUGUAACUUUGAUUACUAUACUACUCAUGAAUUUCAUAAACUUCUUUCUAAACUUCACACAAAAACUAAUGCAUCAUUUAGCUUAAUGCAUACUAACAUUGGCUCAGUUAACAAAAACCUCCAAAAAAUUGAACUACUAGCUACUCCCUUAAACCUGGUUCCCACUUGGUCGUUUGGGUCGUUGGAGUCAUCAGAGUCGUUCCUGAGAGACACGAACGACCCAAAAAACACAUUGAUUUCCACUUGGUCGUUUGAGUCUUUCGAGUCGUUUGUUGUUGAUGCUGUUCAUUGCUUGCACCAUGCAUCGCUCAUUUAUUUUUGGCGGCAUGCGUGGAAGGAACGAUGAUAGCAUUUGAUAAACAACAACUGAUGUUGCAAAGUCAACUAUUUAUACCUCUGGUGACUUUGUACAGACGACGAUGUUAGAUCACUAAAUUUCAGUGCAAUAGCUUGCCAUGAUUUGAUAUUUUUGUAUUUAUUUUUAAACUAUUUCCAGUAAUUGUUAUAAUGGCACUCGUAUUUUUGAACUUCUUCCAUAAAGCUUGCUGUGAAAUAUUCAGCUAUCUUGUUCUUGUUCUAGUCAAACACGCGGUUACAAGAAAAUCUCCUUUUCUUGAAGAAAAGGUUAUUAAAGCAUGGGUCGUUUGAGUCGUUUGUCGGUUUCCACUUGCAAAAAUCAUUCAUGCAUGGGUAUUUUGGGUCACGGAGAUAGAAUUUUUUCUAUCUCUGCAUAAUUUUGACAUAAUUGCUGUUUCGGAAGCAUGGAUUACAAAAGACACAGAUACCCAACACCUUGCCCUGCCUGGCUAUCAAAAUUACUAUGGAACCCCUGGACUAAGUUGAAAGGGUGGGUGUGGCUUUUUUGUAGGCGAUAAUAUAUGUUUUACUCCAAGACCAGACCUGGAUAUCUCAUUUUCUGAUAACUCGAGUGAAUUUGAAGCGAGUUUGAUUGAAAUCACAAAUCAAGGCAAUAAAAAUUUCUUAAUUGCUGUUAUAUACCGUCAUCCCAGAAUGAAAAAUGAUAAUGACUUUUUGAAUUACAUAUCAAAUACUAUUUCAAACAAAGUCAGGAACGAAAAGAAAACAGUAUUUAUUACUGGAGAUUUCAACAUAAACCUGUUAAACAUUGAUUCUGAUGAUUAUACAAGUGAAUACCUAAAUUUACUCCUUUCUAAUUUCUAUCAACCUCACAUACUUCAACCAACAAGAAUCACCAACAUUAAUAAACCAACUUUAAUUGACAAUAUAUUCCUAAAUUCAAUCGAAUUUGAUACAAUUAGUGGCAAUUUUACCACUCCAAUCUCAGAUCAUCUGCCUAACUUUAUUUUUUGUCAUAACUUGCACGCAAUCGUUAAGAAACCUUUUAGAGGUUUUUACCGUGACUUCAAAUUUUUCAACCCUGAUAGAUAUGCAUUUGACCUACGUAAUGCAGCUUUAGAAGAUAACUUACUAUCAACUCAUAGGGCCAACGAACAAUACAAUACACUUCAUGAAACAUUAAUUACACUUCAUGAAACCAAUUUCGAGAAAAGUAUAUAAACAACGUCAAAAGCCUUGGAUUACUAAAGGAAUUCUAAAAUCAAUAUCAAUCAAAAAUAAAUAUUACAAAAAAUUCAUGACCACAAAAAAAUCAGAUUACUAUAAGAAAUAUAAAUACUACAGAGAUCAAAUUGAUCAUCUUAUUAGAAAAAGUAGAAAAGACUACUACAUUACCUAUUUUGAUAACUUUAAAGAAAACACCAAAAAUCUAUGGUCUGGGGUAAAAGAAAUCAUAAACAAGAAGUCAAACGAUAAAAGUAAUGGCCAAUAUUUACAGAUAAAUGGGAAACUAGUCUCGGACAAUGAAAGAAUUGCAAACUCAUUCAAUAAGUACUUCACAACAAUAACUCAAAAACUACAAGAAAAAAUGAAGUCAUCAUCAGUCCACUUUUCUAAUUUUUUGCACAAUAACAAUCCCGAGAGUAUAUUCCUAGACCCUGUGACUCCUGAAGAAGUAAAUAACAUCAUUGCUAAUCUAGAUGAAAGUAAAGCAAAUGACUCAUAUGACAUUCCAAUUAAGUUAAUUAAGCUGGUUCGUCAUACUCUCUCAAAACCAUUCUCGAUUAUUGCUAACUCAUCAUUCACAGAAGGAGUAUUCCCUGACAAACUAAAAUUUGCUAAGGUUUCACCAAUUUACAAAAGCAAAUCAAAGCAAGAAGUUGGAAAUUAUCGUCCUAUUUCAAUUCUUCCUAUAUUUCGUAAAAUACUUGAAAAACUAAUGAACCAUCAUUUGGUUCAGUUCUUAAAUAAACACAAUAUCAUCUUUGAACAUCAAUAUGGGUUUCAAAAAAAUAAAUCAACUACACUAGCAAUUCUGGAACUUCAAUCACAACUAAUCUACAAUAUUGAAAAUAAUCUUACAUCAUGCUGCAUAUUUCUCGAUUUGUCCAAAGCAUUUGAUACAGUCAACCAUAGUAUACUACUAAGUACUAAGUAAGUUAGAGCACUAUGGAAUUAGGGGUGUAGGUCACAGCUGGUUUAAAUCGUACUGAGAUAAUAGAACUCAAAUUGUUACUAUGAAUGGCGAGAACUGUACAGAAUUGAAAAUUAUUGUGGUGUCCCUCAAGGAAGCAUAUUAGGCCCCUUCCUCUUCUUGCUAUACAUUAAUGAUAUUUACAACUCCUCCGAAGUCCUUGAUUUUCGUCUCUUUGCUGAUGACACAAAUAUUUUAUUUGCUGAUAAAAGCCUAGAUACAAUUGAACAAACAGUCAAUUAUGAAAAAAAAUGUUUCUGAAUGGCUUCUAGCCAAUAAGUUAUCACUCAAUGUAGCUAAAUCAAAUUUUCUCAUAGUGAGACCUCAUAAAAACAAUAGAAUUGUAAAUCUAAGAAUUAAUGACGAAAAUCUAAAACAAGAAACCUCCUCAAAAUACCUUGGUGUAUUAAUUGAUGACAAACUUAACGGGAAACACCACAUAAACCAAUUAAAUACCAAAAUAUCUAAAAGUAUUGGUAUCCUUUAUAAAUUAAGACAUCUUGUACCAAAAAGCACCCUUGCAACACUAUACAACUCUUUUAUUAAAUCUCACGUUCUUUAUGGACUUCUUAACUGGGGUUGUGCUAAUAAGACUACUCUUGAACCAUUGAAAAUAACCCUAUGUAAAGCUGUCAGAGUAAUAGACUUUGCUUCUUACACAGCU